AAACAUGAUAUUUAACAGAUUGUUAUCAUCAUUGCCGUCGACUAUAUUAACAAAACAAAUUGCAAUAUCUUUAAACUUUAAACGUUUUAAUAGUAGUUCAAUGCCCGGACAAAAAAUAGCAGUCAAUGGCUUACAAAUACAUUAUGAACGCAUCGGUAACGGCAAUCAUACCGUCCUAUUACUUCCCGGAGCUUUUGGCUCUACACGUUUGGAUUUUACAAAACAAUUAACUGAUACAAAAUGGUUGGACAAGUUUACACUGAUUGCAUGGGAUCCGCCCGGCUAUGGAUACAGUCGUCCGCCGGAAAAAAAUUUUAACGAUUUUUUCCGAACUGACGCCAAAAUUGCCGCACAAUUAAUGCAGACAUUAGCUAUCGAUAAAUAUUCAUUGUUAGGCUGGAGUGACGGUGGCACAACAGCAAUGAUUUUGGCCGCCAAUCAACCAUUAAGUGUCCAAAAACUAGUAAUCUGGGGCUCAAAAGCAUACGUUAACGAUAAAGACAGACAAAUGUAUGAUAAGCUAAAAGAUGCGGACAAUUGGAAUCCGAAAAUCAGAAAAACGUUUAGCGAUUAUUAUACGGAAAAAUUAUUCCUAAAUUAUGUUACAUUAUAUAAUAAAUCGAUAGUAAGUUAUAGUGAUUUUUGUACUAAUGAUAUCAAACAGAUACGUCAGCCGACACUUAUACUUCAUGGCGAUAGAGAUCCAGUGAUGGGUAUUGAACAUCCAUUUUAUUUGAUAAACAAUAUUAUCGAUUCAAAACUCUACCGGUUUUCCAAUGGAAGUCAUAAUAUUCAUAAAGAAUUUAAUGACGAAUUUCGGGAAAUUGUUAUCAAAUUUUUGCUUUAA